AUGCCUGCAGAGCUCAAGUCCGAGAAGAACACCAACACUCUCAAAAGAGCUCUCAGAGCCAACCCAAAUGAUCCUUUUGCUUGGUAUGCUCUAGGUGUGAGCAAUUAUGGAAAGAACCAAAUGGAUGAAGCUCUACAGUGUUUCACAAAAGCAGAACAAGUAAAGCAAGGUUUCUCAGCUGCCAAUUACUACUACAUAGGUGUCCUCCAGCAGUAUAUGGGGCGUAUAGAUGAGGCGAAACAAUCAUUUGAAAAAGCGGCUGGUCUAAAAGCCAUAAAUGUUGUGGACAAAAAGGCACGAGCUUUGGCCCAGAAGAUGUUGGUUGCUUCCGAAGAUUUUGUUGGCGAUGUUUUUGAAUAA